AUGUUCACUUUAUUUGUUCUUCUCUUUCGUCGUCAAACGAAACUUUGUUAUUUCACUAUUCGACGUACGAUCACAAGUUCCCCUCGAUCGAAUAUUGAACUUGAAAUGAAGAAUCUCAAUGACAAAAAACACUUCACGAAAGCACUUGAUCUCUUCGACAAACAUCAACAAAGUUCGGAAAUAUUGACAGAUAAAGUGAUUGUUCAAGCACUGAAAGCUUGUACUCAACUAACUUCUUUGGAACGUGGUCAAAGCAUUCACGAGAAACUUUCCAAUCAAUCCACGAAGAAUAUGUUCGUCCAAACAUCGCUUAUUCAUUUCUAUAUGCAAUGUGGUCGCGUGAACGAUGCUCAGCGUGUUUUCGAUUCAUGUGUCAACAAAAAUGUGGUUCAUUAUGGUGCGAUGAUGAAAGGUGACUUCACUCAUUCAAACAAUAUGCCUGAAAAAGCAAUUGAAAUGUUUAAAGGCGUGAAUAAUCCAGAUAGAGUUCUUCGUGGUCUUUUGUUUAACAGUUGUGCUCAAGUUCGAACAGCAGAAGCAUUAGAUGUUGGUAAACACGUGUGGCUUUCCAUGUCAGAAAUUGAACGAAAAAAUGAGUAUGUUACUGUCGGUGCCUUCGACAUGUUUGUGAAAUGUGGUGAUAUCUCCAAUGCUGAACGAUUAUUCAAUCGAAUGAAACGGAUUGUGAUUACUUAUGGACAAAUGAUGAAGUGUUAUAAUGAUCAUGAUAUGCCCGCGAAAACUCUCAACUUGUAUGAAAAGAUGAAAGUGGAAGAUGUUGAAGUGAAUCCAAUAAUUUUUGUUCGUCUGCUCGAUGCGUGUACUAAACUUGGACUUGAAUCCUGUUCUCAGUCUAUUGUGAAACAGAUUCCAGCAUCAAUGUUUUUCGAACUUCAACUUCAAACUGCUUUGAUACAUAUGUGGGGGAAGGUAUCGUGUGUAAACGAAGCAAAGCAUGUGUUUGACAAAAUUAACAAACCUGAUUCGGUCGCAUAUACAGCUAUGAUUAAUGCAUAUGGGCUGAAUGGAAUGGGUGAUGAAGCCAUUCAGCUUUACCGUCGAAUGCCCGUGGAAAUGAGGGAUGAAAAAGCUCAUGUUUGUGUGCUGAAUGCGUGUUCACAUUCAGGUCUUGUUAAUGAAUGUCGCUCAAUUUUUGCAACGAUUCCAAACAAAAACCGAUUCAUUUAUACAACAAUGGUCGAUUGUUUGAGUCGAUCAUUCUUCUUUGACGAAGCAAAACAGUUGAUCGAAGAGUCCGAGCGUUAUCAACCUCCUUACUUACCGAUGUACAAGGCCAUACUGUCAGGUGCUCGUAAUCGAAAGGAUGUUUCUCUUGCGCGAGAAAUAACUCAACGGAUAAAACAACUGGGUCAUACUGUCGAUGACGAUUUCAUAUCGGCCUCAGUACUUUUCGGUAACACUUUGGCAUCAUCAGGCGAGUUAGAAGAAGCAUCACAACUAAGACUCGAAAUGAGCCAAUCAGGUAUCAAGAAAAAAGUGGGUGUAUCUUGGACUGAAGUCGACGGUGAAAUUGUGGAAUUUCGUGUCAAAGAUCGAAGACAUCCACGAACAGAUGAAAUCUAUGAUGAGCUUGAUCGAAUCGAAAAGGAACUCACUGAACAUGGUCAUAAGUUCGAUGCCAGCUGGAUAACACGUGAAAUGAGGUCUAAUGAGACUGUCGCAUCCGUUCUCAACAGUCACAGCGAGAGAUUGGCACUUGCAUAUCAUUUCAUUCAGCGGCCAGUUCCAUCACGCAUUCAAAUUGUGAAGAAUCUCCGCAUUUGUGGUGAUUGUCAUGGGGCAAUCAAGUUGAUUAGUCGAUUUCGUCAAUGUGAAAUUAUUAUUCGUGAUGUGAACCGUAUUCAUUGUUUCUCAGAUGGGAAAUGUUCAUGUAAUGAUCAUUUUUAA